GGAAGGCAACACAAUGCACGAAGCAGGUGCCCCACACAUCACAUGCACCCCACCCCACGCACCCUCCACAUCAAUCCGCCCGCCUGGCCCGCUCUGGAGCCACCCACUGGCCGCACCCCACCAUGGAGCCCACUUCGCCGCCCACGGCGGCGCUGGCGAUCCUGUGCCCCAACGCUUGGCUGGGAGAGGAAGCUGGUGCUGAGGACUACAGCAUUUGUUUCUUGCCCAACGACCACUCAGUGCUGCCCCGGACGCAGCUCAGCGCCGCCGACCGGGCACUGGCCAGGAGCAACCAAGCUGACGAGGUCUUCCUGGGCCUUCGUGUGGCCGCCCUGCGCUGUGCCUUCGAAAGUGUGGGCGUCAUGGUGGCCGCCAAUCCUCCGCCCUCCUUCGCCCGCCGAGAGCUGCAGAAGAUCCUUCAGCGCGAGGGGCCGAUGGCGUUCCAUGCCUUCUUGGAUGAUUGGGGCAUCCGCUUGAGGCCAUCCGAGCUGAUCGAGAUCAGUUGGUUUCUACGCUCUGUGCACGAGGAGCAUAUCUUCCUGGCACCAGUGCCGGAUGCUGCCGAGGCCACCUGGGCGCAGGGCUUCUGGGCGUCGCCCACGCGGCUGCUGCAGCUCUACGAGCGCCAGGAGUUGGAUCUCACCUGGGCCGAGUGGUAUUUGCUCCACGAACUCCGCUCCGAACUGCCUCAGUUCCACGGGCUUCCGGAACUGGCUUCCAAGAAGAGUUGCCUUUGGUCUGCACGAGCCUUGCCCCUAGCCCCGCUACCCAACGCCCUGCUGCUGCCGGGGGACGAGGAGCACCCCGACUGCCCUGGACGUCCUGGAGAACGGCACCGUUUACACCUGAAGGAGAACUCACAGCUGGUGCAACGAUUGGAGCGAAGUGAGAGGAGCGAAAGGAAGGAGUUGAGGGCACAAAGCUCCAGGCUUUGACUUCGUGAGCACGUGACACAUGGGGGUGAGUGGGACACC